AUGCACCCUGCUCUCCAGAUCCCCGAAAUCCUCAACGAAAUCUUCGAUUGCUUUCUGCCCGUCAUUUCAUAUGACGAUUACGCGAACCAUUACAAAUAUAUACCCGAUGAACCUAGCGAUAAAUUGUCGCUGCUGAGCGCUGCGCUAACUUGCAGUGCGUUUCUGCAACCUGCACUGGAUCACCUGUGGUGGGACAUGGAUGAUCUGACUCCUCUCUUCAACACCAUUCCUGGGUUCCAGUCAUCGAAUGACACCGGAACGCUUGGGAAAAUCCAGGAACCGAUCGCGCGCGAGACUAUGCAACGUCUGAACGCAUAUCGCAAACGAAUACACGUGUACGAAGAAUGUGGAAAGGAAAGGAUAGAAAUUUCUGCGUAUGAGCACAUUCUGCAAGACUCCACUCAUGAUACCCUCCUUCCAUCGUUGAGAAUCCUCUCAAUCACGAACAGCAUACCCCAACUUCCGCUUCUUCUUGCACAUCCAGAAGAAAUUCGCACCCUCCGCAUCUCGCAAAAUCAAAUCCAGAGUGUUGAUGCCUAUAUUGCUGCCUCCCUAAAGCUGCUGUCGGGACGGGUUCAGACCCUUGUCCAUUUACGGCUCGAAACCUUCCUAACACGGGAAUUCCUUGCAUCUGCGUUCGAGUUGCGCGGACUGCGAUCCCUCUAUCUAGGACACACCAAUGAAAAUACCUCAUUCGAAUUCGACGUCGAUACUUUGCUCGACAUAUGCUCGAUGCCAGACCUUCAGCGCAUUUAUGUAGAUGCCCUGGAAGAUCUCCAAUUUGCACCCAGAUCUAGAACCCCAUUCAAGCAAAUUCUCCGUUUCCUCUCCUCCGCCAGUCUUCCUCGCCUCAAAUGUCUUGCCUUGCGUACUGCAUGCGAGGCAGACGAUGUCCAAUAUUGGAACUAUCUCUUCCAAGCCCUCGUUGAAAAGACAUCACCUAUGUUUGAAGACCUGGAUCUCGGAGAGACAAGCAGCAUAAGCUGGCAGGAUUAUAAUUUGACGCUACGCGACGUCCCAGAGCUAUUGAAGCUCCAGCUCAGAAGUUUCACGUCCUCCGGCGGAGUCUUCUCCAUUUCCAGUGUAGAUAUUCUCUCUCUCAUUUCUGGGUGGCCCAAUCUCAGGGCCCUCACAUUAUUUACCUGUCCACCGACAUCAUUCAAAUUCCAGACGCUGGUCGACAUAGCCAAGGGUCUGCCUCAUCUCGGGUUGCUCGCCCUAGCCGAGAUGGAUAUGUAUGACUUUCCCCCUGCUGAUUCUAUCCCCAUCUUGGAGGACCAUGACCUUUUCCAACUCUUGAUUGACCCUGGAGAAUCGGGGUGGAAGAUACGGAGAAGUUGGCGCGAUUGCUGGAUAGGUUGUUUCCAUGUCUGCACACCUUCGGCUUCAUGGGCCCAAAGUAUCUUGAGGAGCGUGAAAAAGAGGUAA